AAAUAAUGGACAUAAACAAUACGGAUUUGUAUCUACAUUUUUAUACAACAAGCAUAUGAAUAAGUUUAUCUUUGAAUUACGUGGUCAGGGUAAUUCACAGUAUAAAUCUAAACUUUCAUCCAUUGGAGGAAAGCGAAAAAUGUGA